AUGGUAAAUCCGGCCGACGUGCUCGGCCUCACACGGGGCUACAAGCUGGAGCCUCUCGACGAGGAGGCGGUGGAAUACUACCUGCUCCGUCGACUCCUUGGCCAGGAGCUCCCGCUGGAGGGCAUCAUCCUCGAGCACGAUCCGCUGAGUGCGCCGCCAUGGGAGCUCUUGAACAAACACGAGCGGGAGGACGAUGCUUUCUUCUUUGCCUACGGGCAAACCAUCGACAGCAAGGGGAGUCGGAACAAGCGGACCUGCGCGGGCGGCGGGUGCUGGGAAGGGCAGAAGGUCGUCGUCGAUGACAAGGAGCUCAUCGUCCCCGACAGCGGCAUGGAGAUCACCUGGAAAAAGUACCAGCUCAACUUCCACAAGGACGGCGAGAAAGGCAGCACGGGGUGGGUCAUGCACGAGUACUCGGUCACAGCCCCGCCCGAUCUGGCCUCGUCGUCGCUCAGGCUGUAUCGCAUUUUGUUCAGUGGCCACGGCAAGAAGCGCAAGAGGGAGCCCGAUGAUUACGGCCACGACGACUGUGGAGAGCGCGCGGCCACCCGGCAAGCCAUAGCAGAAGAGUCCGAUCAGAUUCCGGCGUCGCACUCUGUUUCCCCUCAGUAUCAGGACUGCUACGGUAAUGCAGCGAACGCGACAGAGGAUCAUCACCUGCUGGGUUCUUCCCAAGACCUCGGAGUAGGGCCUGCCGCGUCGACAUCAGAUCAAGAGAUUCAAGACGCCCAAGCUGGCGUGUUGUAUGAGUUCGCCGGUGCAGAUGGUGGUGUUGCGCCGGUGGCAGGAACGCUACCGUCCUCCGGCGCGAUGGACGAGUCCUUCUUAGAUAUCGAGCUGCCAGAGAACAUCAACUUCGACGAGUUCUUUGCCUUUGACGAGGUGUGCGGUUUGGAGGGCCACCUCGACGGUCAGUUCUCCGGCGCCGGCAUGCAUACGCAAUUGCCCGGGAUGCAGCCCAGGCCGAAUCCUUACUACAUGAGUUGCUAA